AGACAGACUACCACUGAGUGUGAGUGUGGUUCCUCUUCCUUCUCCAUAUACUUGUCCAGAAGAAGAAAGACCCAUAUAUAAAUUAAUAUUAUUAUUAUUCUCUUCUAUCAGUCGGUUUGGCUUGGCUUGGCUAUAAUAGCAAGGUUUUUGAGCAUAUUACUGGGGUUUGUUCCCUUUUAAUUACUUGAUUGGGUUUUUCUUGGGCAAAAAAAGGGUAAGAGUAAUUUGCUAGGUAAGAGAAGCUAGCUAUCAAAGUGUAAUAUAAAUUAAGAAAGGAAAAAAAGACAGUUAUAACAUCAUCAUCAUCAUGGGAAGGGGUAGAGUUCAGCUGAAGAGGAUAGAGAACAAGAUCAAUCGGCAGGUAACUUUCUCCAAAAGGAGAGCUGGGCUUCUCAAGAAAGCUCAUGAGAUCUCUGUUCUCUGCGAUGCUGAGGUCGCUUUGAUUGUCUUCUCCCACAAAGGAAAGCUCUUUGAAUAUGCCACCGAUUCUUGCAUGGAGAAGAUACUGGAGCGCUAUGAAAGGUAUGCCUAUGCAGAGAGACAGCUAGUUGCAAAUGAUUCUGAAUCACAGGGAAAUUGGACUAUUGAGUAUACUAGACUCAAGGCAAAGAUUGACCUUUUGCAGAGGAACCACAGGCACUAUAUGGGAGAAGAUUUGGGUUCAAUGAGUCUCAAAGAACUUCAGAGUCUGGAGCAGCAGUUAGAUACUGCUCUCAAGCACAUUCGUACACGCAGAAACCAACUCAUGUACGAGUCCAUUUCGGAGCUUCAGAAAAAGGAGAAAGUGAUUCAGGAGCAGAAUAACAUGCUUGCAAAAAAGAUCAAGGAGAAAGAAAAGAUUGCAGCCCAGCAGCAGCACGCACAAUGGGAUCAUCCAAACCAUGGAGUUAAUGCACCUUUCUUAAUGCAACAGCCACUUCCAACUUUGAACAUGGGUGGCAAUUACCGUGAAGAUCAUGCUCCAGAUGUUGGCAGGAAUGAGCUUGACCUGACUCUGGAACCUUUGUAUUCCUGCCACCUUGGAUGCUUUUGAAAACUUUACUAGCUGCAGCCAUCUCAUAUUAUAAUAUUUAGAUCUGGCCUCUAUGUCAUGUGGUAAUUUUCCCUACUUUAAUUUGAAGACCUUAUUAAUUAGUGUGUUGUAAGUUUAUAACUUGAUUAUAACUAAGGCUAGGUUUCCAAUGUCUAAGCUUUGCUAUGUGCAAUUAAGCUGCUCAAAGACAAGUCAUAUAAUGAAAUUUGAGCUAUUUA